GCAGGAAGUGAGGGAGUUCGCCCCAGUGUUUUGACUGUUUUAUAUUCUUGGGAAAUGUGUUAUGAUAUUUGUUUCGGUCGGUAAAAGUGUAUUUUGAAUACCUGCACUCUAGUAAAGGACGCUAGCGGACAAACGGGACGAGUACAAUGGAGUCCCAGAAGUCGGAGGAGGAGAACUCCUUCGAGAUGCUGGAGAAGGAGUUCCAAGAGGUGCUGUCCGAGCUACUGGGCGACAAGAGCCUGGACAAGUUCCGCACCGAAUACGAGAAGCUCACCAAGGCGCUGAAGAAGUCACACGAAAGCGAGAAGCGGCUGAUGGGCAAGUGCCGCGAGCUCAACGCUGAGAUCGUGGCCAACUCCGUCAAGGUGGCCACUGCGCUCAAGCUCUCGCAGGAGGACCAGACCACCAUCACCUCCCUGAAGAAGGAGAUCGAGAAAGCCUGGAAGAUGGUGGACUCGGCCCAUGCCAAGGAGCUGCGUGCUGAGGAGACCAUCCAGACGCUCAAGCUGGAGAUCGGCAACCUCACCAAGCUGGUGGAGCAGGGCGCUGGACUGUCCCAGGGACAGGAGCAGACUGUGGGUGACCUGUUGAAGGUGAAGGAUGAGCUGACUAAGGAGCGGGAUGACCUGCUGAAGGAGGUGGUCACCCUCAGGGAGAACCUGACCAACGCCAUGGCGGCCCAGCAGGAGAUGGAGAUGCAGAAACAGGCCAGCGCCGACGCUGUGUUACAGCUGGAGCAGGACAUCCAGGUGCGUCAGAACGAGUGCGCGCGGGAGGUGCGGCGGCGGGAGAAGCUGGAGAAGGAGCUGAAGCAGCUGCACACCGACCUGGACACCAAGGUGACCGACAUCAAGAACCUGACGCAGCAGACCCACCGCAGCAAGGACGAGCACCAGCGGCUGGAGCAGCAGCUCCGGGAACAGAGGAUCCUGAAUGAGAGGGCCACUAAGGAGCUGGAGCAGCUGUCGAUCCGCAACACCAAGCUGCAGCUGGAGAACGAGCAGAACAACCUGGGCAUGGAGCAGCUCACCCUGGACAACCAGCAGCGCUCCUCCGACCUCAAGAUGAAAGAGGAGGAGGUGACGCAGAUGAGAACGGAGAUCUCCAAGCUGACGAAGGUGCGGGAGGCCACCCAGCGGAGGCUGCGCCAGACCGAGGAGCAGAAACUAGACGUGGAGCAGCAGAGGGACAUGCUCAAGAACCAGAUCACCGGCCUGGAGAAAGAGGUGGAGCUCUCCAAGAAGCAGAUGGAGGUGGACAGGAAGGCCAUUGACGAGCUCAUGAGAGAGAGAGACAUCCUCAACAAGAACAUGAUCAAGGCGGCCAACGCCACAGAGAAGCAGAUGAGCAUGGUGAAGCUCCACGAGCAGUCCAAGAAGAACCUGGAGCAGGAGAUCAUGAACUACAGGGACGAGGCCCAGAAGCAGCGCAAGAUCAUCUACCAGCUGGAGAAGGAGCGCGACCGCCACAUCAACGAGGCCAGCGACCUCGGGCAGAAGGUGUUGCAGCACAUGGAGGACAUUAAGGUGCGUGAGAUGCAGAUCUUCGAGUACAAGAAGAAGAUCGCCGAGGCCGAGACCAAACUCAAGCAGCAGCAGAACCUCUACGAGGCCGUCAGGUCCGACCGCAACCUCUACAGCAAGAACCUCAUCGAGGCUCAGGAUGAGAUCACGGAGAUGAAGAGGAAGCUGAAGAUCAUGAACCACCAGAUCGACCAGCUGAAGGAGGAGAUCAACGGCAAGGAGGCCGUGCUGGUCAAGGAGCACCUGGAGUUCCAGCGCGUCGAGAAGGAGAAGGAGGUCCUCAAGGCGGAACUGCAGAAGCUGAAGCAGCAGGCCCAGGAGACCAAGCAGUUCAUGGACAACCAGGAGGCGGAGGAGCGCAAGCUGCUAAAGAUCAUUGCCGACGCGGACGCUGAGAGGCUCCGACAGAAGAAGGAAUUAGACCAGGUAAUCAGCGAGCGUGACAUCCUGGGCACCCAGUUGGUGCGUCGCAACGACGAGCUGGCCCUGCUGUACGAGAAGAUCAAGAUCCAGCAGUCCAUCCUGAACAAGGGCGAGGUGCAGUACAACCAGCGCGUGGAGGACCUACGGCUUCUCAAGAUGGAGAUCAAGAGGCUGCGGCGCGAGAAGGGCAUCCUCAACAAGACCGUCUCCAACGUGGAAGACCUCAGGCGUGAGGUGUACCAUAUGCAGAGGGAGCUGCUGAAGGAGCGCACCAGGUGCCGAGCCCUGGAGGAGGAGCUGGAGAACCCCAUGAACGUGCACCGAUGGAGGAAGCUGGAGGCCAGUGACCCCAGCACCUUUGAGCUGAUCCAGAAGAUCCACUCGCUGCAGAGGCGUCUGAUCACCAAGACAGAGGAGGUGGUGGAGAAGGAACUGCUGCUACAGGAGAAGGAGAAGUUGUACGUGGAGCUGAAGCACAUCUUGGCCCGGCAGCCGGGACCAGAGGCAGCAGAGCAGCUGCAGAUCUACCAGCACACGCUCCGCGAGAAGACCAAACAACUCAAGGCCCUGGCGUCCGAGCUGAACAUGUACGAGUCGAGUGCUCAGGAGUACAAGUACGAGAUCGAGCGUCUGGCGGAGGAGCUGCAGAACGUCAAGAAGAAAUACCUCAACCAGAAACGCAAGGAGCAGCUGGCCAAGCAGAAGGAGCGAGCCCUGGUCCACGUGGGGAGCCCAACCAUCCAGCCCCAGAGGACCGACUGCCCGCGCUUCACCGGCGGAGGGUUCAGCCUCAAACAGACCAACAAAGUCACCGCAUCAUAGACAGCAUUGGGGUGGACACUCAGGCACGCACACACACACACACACACAUGCGCGCGCGCACACACACACACACACACACACACACACACAC